AUGAGGUCAUUAGCCAACACUGGUGUGACUAAAGUCAAUGGAAAUCAACAAUUUAUUGCACGAUUAUUAACGCCUCAACAGCAACAGUAUUAUUCGCUGAAUCCCAAUCCAAAUGUUGAUGCUGUAUUUGUCCCUCCUUCCAUUUCUUCCGUUUUAGUCGGAAUAUGUGACGUUUUCAUUAGAUCAUUUGAAGAAGUAGAAUUGACUAUAAUAUCUGUAUUUGAAGAUGAAGAAAUAGAACUUGAGGAAGUGGUAUUUGGAUUUAUUCCGUUCGUGGUGUUU